UUUCAGACUCCCUGUCAUUAACAAUUCUUUUUUUGUCUUUUGUAUUCCGUGUCGUAUUUGCCAAGUGACACGUCAAUACAUAUUUGUUUAAAAAUUAAAUGCUAAUAUCUUGCAAGAUUUUUUUAAUAUAAUCGGUCUAGAUUUUAAAGACUUAUUUCCCCUUUUUUUCAUUCAUUUACCAUUUCCUCAUAACACUCUUUACCUUUCUUCAUUUUCAUUUUCAUCUGUCACUUUCAAAUAAUAACUAUAAUGAACUUUCCCCUUUUAUUCUGCGUAUUCCUCUCAAUUGUUCUUGUGUCAGUGCAUGCCGUGCCAGUUCAGAACCCGACAUUGUACAUUUUUGGAGACUCACUCUCCGACAUGGGCCGCCUGAAGAACCUGACCCAUGGACUAAUGCCACCCAAAGCAUACUGGAACGGGCGGUUCUCCUCAGGCCCGAUAUGGAACGAGUACCUCUCUCUCUUGCUAAACUACAAUCUCGAAAACCAUGCCGUCGGCGUAUCCAAAACAACCACGAUACACCACAAAUUGCUCAACAUUAUUCCUCUGGACCCGCCAUCGACCCAAGACCAAAUUGCAGAAUUUGCAGAAACUGUGGGCAAAAACAAGAGAAUUGGUAGCGCGGAUAUAGCUGUUUUGGAAAUAGGUUCUAAUGACGCGGCGGCGGCCUUGGUAGAUAUAGACAAUGGCAAGCAGACUGUCUACGAGUUUGGGAAUAAUGUAUCUGACUCUGUCAUUGAACAGUUGCAGUCCCUGUAUAAUCUGGGAUUCAGCCGAAUCCUGGUCACGAAUCUUCCCUCCUUGCAGCACACUCCGGUGAUGAAGUCUAAGCACCGUGAGAAAAUCGCCGAAAUAGUCGUUGGAUUUUACAACCGCAUCUUGAGUGAAAAAAUCGAGAAAUGGCGGGAAUCUAUUAACCUCAUAUCCUUAGACAUAAUAAAUCUCGGAGAGUUCCUCACCCUUGCUAUAGGACCAUCCAUAUCCAGUUCCCUGGGUAUUACGGAUACUAAGUCUAUAUGUGUUGGCGGCAGCUGGCUCAGUAUGUUUGAUGACCAACUUAAUUUGGCCAAUUUGUUAAAAUACUUGCUGACUUCGGAUAGUGAUCGUGCUACGUGUGGUGACCCGGAGUCGAGAUUCUUUUUUGAUCCGAUUCAUCCUUCGGAGCAGGUGCAUCGGCUGUUCGGGUAUUAUAUUUAUCGGAUUAUUGCCACCCAUGGUACAUUUGCGUUGUCUGAAAGCAAUCUUUUGCUGUUGAUCAAGGAAUUCAGGCUCGAUCAGCCAGUAUUAAAACCUGUUGCCAUAUAGAGACUGAUGUUAUUUGAUACCAAUAUAUUUAAUAUACAAAUUCAAAAGGCAA